AUGUCAAUCACCAACCUGCUACUCAACAAAUUCCCAGAUUCUUCCGUCAGUUCCACUCCGAUCUCCUCGAUGACCGCCCAGAAUAAAGACCAGAACCAGCUCUCAAAUCUUUACAAUCAGUCAAUGGCCCCCGGAAAACCUCUGUUUACUGAGCGAGGACUCUCUGUCCUCACCGGCAGCCGGGCGUCCCCCGACGCUGCCAUGCCCUCGGCGAUCUCUGAACCGGUCCGCUCAGUUGGCGCCAUCGGCAGCUCUCGCCCCGGUCCAAGGCUCCCCGAUCACGGCCAGACUCACUUCGGUCACAUCUCGAAUAGUGGGUUGAAGAACCCGAUAUGGCCGGAAGCGGACGGCACCGCCGGCCGCGUCCCCUCUUCAAAUCCACGCGAGCUUAUCCCAGUGCGAGAGGAACCCACUGCUGCGACCGGCGGCACCAUCAGCUCGGGUGGGUAUACACUCAGCUCAAGCAUGUGGGCAGCUCCGCCAUCCAAUGGAGCCACUCAUCCUAGCCAUCCAGACAAGCGCAAUAACCACAGCAACUUCAGGCCCGUUCCUCCACUCAAGGAGCCCGACACGACUCCGAACCCCCCGCACCAGCAACCUGAGCCUGUCGCUUCCCUCGACCGAUAG